UUGCGACCUCAUCCACCGAUUUCACAACCUUCAUAAACGCCCUCAACUCUUCACAUCGCCUCCUAAUUUUGCAAACAAAGAACCUCACAAGUAAACAAACAUGCGUCUCACAGCGGACCUCAUCCAAUCCUCCCUCUCCUACCUCAAUCCGCUCAAGGAACGCGAAUUAGAUCUUCGAGGUGCGUAAUUAUACAUUUCUGUUAAGAACAGAGUCCCAAUGCUACACUUUUGAAAAGAGCUGAGUUGAUACUGGUGUUUUUUGGGAUAUGCAGGUCAUAAGAUUCCGGCGGUGGAGAAUUUGGGGGCUGCGGGGGUGAGUUUUUUUGGUUCCUUAUUUCUUGGUUUUGUUGGUUCGGGUGGUUGAUUUGGGGAGGGAAGAGGGAGAGGGAAGAAAAAAGAGGCGAUCUCGUGCUCGCAUUCUAGCUCUACUCUGUCUCUGACUCUGCCUCACAAGAUAGAAAGCUGACGAAAAUAGCCACACGAUGCAAUUGAUUUCACAGACAAUGAUAUCCAAGUUCUGAGCAACUUCCCUCUCAGUCCACGUCUAAGAACCCUCCUACUAGCUCGCAAUCGCGUCUCCAGUAUCUCACCUACAUUGUCGAAAUCAUUACCAAAUCUGACGACGUUGGUUUUGACAAGUAACAAUGUGGCAGAGUUAGCUGAUUUGGAUGCAUUGGCUGGGUGUGCGAGGUUGACGAGUUUGGUUUUGAUGGAGAAUCCUGUGACUAGGAAGGAGGUGGGUCAUUUUUGUUUUGUCUUGUGGAAUGAGGAGAGGAUUAACGUUGUUUGGUUAAAUGAAGUGGAAUGAAUGAGGCUAAUUGAUGGACCGGGGUAUAGCAUUAUAGAGAAUGGGUCCUCUUCCGAUGUCCAAAUGUGAGAUUUCUGGAUUACAAGAAAGUCAAGGCUGCAGAGCGGGAAAGAGCACAAGAAUUAUUCGGUACAUCUGCAGAACCAUCCGCUCUUGCAUCAAAGGUAAACAUCUCUCUAUUCACCUUUCUUCCCAUCAAUUUCCUAACAUAGUUCCUCCAGAUUAUGGGAAUCAAAUCUCGCACAUUCGACACAGCCAGCACGACCAAUGGCGCUUCCGCAUCCUCAACAUCUAAAUCCUACCGCGUUAAGCUUACCGAUAAAGAACGAAAGAGGGUUGAAGAAUUAAUUAAGAAUGCAAAGAGUUUGCAGGAGAUUAUUAAACUAGAGAAAGAGUUGAAUGAAGGAAGGGUUCCCGCUGCCGCGCAGGGCGAUGAUCCAAUGGAGGAAUGAAGAAAAAGAGCAAUGAAAGAAUAAAUUUGCAGGUUGGUGCUAUCAACGAGGGGCUAUAAUCGAUGCAUAUUGGAACUGUUCUGGGUCUGGUUAGGACGGGAGGAUAUGAGACGAGAUGAUAUUAUAUCAUGAGAUAUUGAACGGAAAGGAAAGAGAGAAAAGUAUUCCCAUAUAGGUUGCAUAUCACUGGGCGUUUCUGGCGAGAUGAUGCUGUUUAUGUAUGUGAUGGAUUUGAACGGACGACA